GGGCGGGGCGGCGCUGGUUUGGUGCGCGAGGGGCUGGCGGGGCGACGGGCUGAGCAGAGCUCCCCAGGCUCGCCCGAGCCCCGCAGAGCCUGUCCUCCCACCGGCAGGGUCGGCGCUGCGGGGUGAGCUUCCCACCUCGGGUCCCGCUGCUCGUCCCCCCAGCCGGCCCGUCUUUCAAAACGCACACGCUGAGAGAGAGGAAACCUCCCCCAGGUACACACGCCGCCCGGUUGCUCCUGGACAGCCCAGGAGGGAGAGGGCAGCGUCCCCCGCCUAAGCGGCGCGGUGAGGCAGGAUAAUCCCCAGGCGAAUGUCAACAGUUCUUCUGCUAUGGCUGAGCCAAAGUCAGUGUGUGUUUCAGUGGAUGAGGUGGUCUCAAGUGGCACGGAUAACCAAGAUGUGCGGUUGUUGAAUGGACACUUAAAAAAGGUGGACAGCACUUUAACAGAAGCUCAUCGUUUCUCCUACCUACCCCGGAGACCAGCUGUGAACAUUGAGUUUAAGGAACUGUCAUAUUCUAUCCGGGAAGGACCAUGGUGGAGGAAGAAGGGUUACAAGACCCUUUUGAAAGGAAUUUCAGGGAAGUUCAGCAGUGGAGAACUUGUUGCAAUUAUGGGCCCUUCUGGGGCUGGGAAAUCCACUCUCAUGAAUAUCCUGGCAGGGUACAGAGAGACUGGGAUGAAAGGAACAAUCUUCAUUAACGGGCAGCCUCGUGACCUGCGCUCUUUUCGCAAAGUGUCCUGUUACAUCAUGCAAGAUGACAUGCUGCUCCCUCAUCUUACUGUCCAAGAAGCUAUGAUGGUAUCUGCUCAUCUGAAACUUCAAGAGAAGGAUGAAGGCAGAAAGGAGAUGGUAAAGGAGAUCUUGACAGCUCUGGGUUUGCUGACAUGUGCCAAUACAAGAACUGGAAGUCUUUCUGGGGGCCAGAGGAAGCGUCUUGCCAUUGCUUUGGAGCUGGUGAACAACCCGCCAGUUAUGUUUUUUGAUGAACCUACCAGUGGCUUGGACAGUGCAUCUUGCUUUCAGGUUGUCUCUCUCAUGAAGGCAUUAGCCCAGGGUGGCAGGUCCAUCAUCUGCACUAUUCAUCAACCAAGUGCCAAACUGUUUGAGUUAUUUGAUCAGCUCUGUGUUUUAAGUCAAGGACAAUGUAUUUACCGUGGGAAAGUGUUAAACCUUGUCCCUUAUUUGAGAGAUUUGGGUUUAAACUGUCCAACCUACCACAAUCCAGCAGAUUUUGUGAUGGAGGUUGCAUCUGGUGAAUACGGGGACCAGAACAGUCGGCUGGUCAGAGCAGCACGGGAAGGGAAGUGCGACACAGACUACAAGAGAGUUGCUGGUGGCGAGCAUGAACUGAACCCCUUCUUAUGGCAUCGACCCUCUGAAGAGGACUCUUCAUCCACAGAAGGCUGUCACAGCUUCUCAGCCAGCUGCCUCACCCAGUUCUGCAUCCUCUUUAAAAGAACUUUUCUCACCAUCAUGAGGGAUUCGGUCCUGACACAUUUGCGGAUCACAUCACACAUUGGAAUUGGACUUCUCAUAGGCUUGCUAUAUUUAGGGAUUGGAAAUGAAGCUAAGAAGGUCUUAAGCAACUCUGGCUUCCUCUUUUUUUCCAUGUUGUUCCUUAUGUUUGCUGCUCUCAUGCCAACUGUCCUUACAUUUCCUCUUGAGAUGGGUGUAUUUCUCAGAGAGCAUCUGAACUACUGGUAUAGUCUGAAGGCCUACUAUCUAGCUAAAACCAUGGCUGAUGUUCCUUUUCAGAUUAUGUUUCCUGUGGCGUAUUGCAGCAUCGUGUAUUGGAUGACUUCACAGCCAUCAGAUGCGCUCCGAUUUGUCCUGUUCGCAGCCCUGGGAACAAUGACAUCGCUAGUGGCUCAGUCAUUAGGUCUUUUGAUAGGUGCAGCCUCCACAUCACUUCAGGUGGCAACAUUCGUGGGUCCAGUUACAGCCAUCCCAGUCCUCCUUUUCUCAGGAUUCUUUGUCAGUUUUGAUACCAUUCCCGCAUACCUCCAGUGGAUGUCCUACAUCUCAUAUGUCAGGUAUGGGUUUGAAGGUGUUAUUCUCUCCAUCUAUGGAUUGGAUCGAGAAGAUCUUCACUGCGACAAAGAUGAUACUUGCCACUUCCAAAAAUCAGCGGCCAUCCUGAGAGAACUGGAUGUAGAAAAUGCCAAACUUUACCUGGACUUCAUUGUGCUUGGAAUUUUCUUCUUCUCUCUGCGUCUCAUUGCCUAUUUUGUUCUCAGAUACAAAAUCCAAGCAGAGAGGUAAAGGAAAAACAAACAAAACUAUCCAAUAGGAAGAACCCUAGACAUGCAGUAGAGGGCACUUGUUGUUGUCUCAUUGUGGCAGGCUGGUGUCCAGUGCCCAGUUACAGACGCUGUUAUGAUCCAGCCCAUAGAGAACCGUAUUGGGUUAGUGGAUGUGUAGUGUUAAGCUAAUCAGUCCAGUUGGAUUGGGUCACAUUUUCAUUACACUUCUAGCUUUAACUGGGAAGAAGAAAUAGAAGGGAAUUUUGCCAUGUAGAAUUUCAGCUGUGAAACGAUGUAAAAACUGGUUCCAGGAACUUUGCUUUCUGAAAACCAUCUCUGUGAUAAGAUGAUGUUUAUCCUGAUAGCCAGAGUUGUAAAGUGACAUCUUUACGUGGCUGGUGAUUAUUGAUCAACAUUCAGUCAAGUACCAAGUGCGGGAAUGCAAAGAAAGUAGCAUUAUCACGUCAUUUUAAAUUCAGAGUGUCAUCUUUGAAAUUUUUUUUAUAUAUCACUUUGCAGUUCUCUUCCACAAGAAUUAUCCAUCCAAACCCAAAGUCUGUAAGCUUAUUGAUUCUCAAGAAAAGAUGUAUCUUUUCAAUAGGGAUGGAUAAUAUGUAAAAAAAGAAGAAAAAAAUCAGUGAUACAUGUCACUUUUGUGUGUGUAUCUAAAUUUAGAAUUCUGGUGCUUUACUUGACAAGAUGGUCUGAGAUUCAGAAAUUGUAAUAGUAAGGAAAAAAGACAAAAUCAGAGUUAGAGCUGUAAACCUGUGAUUCCCUAUGGAAAAAAAUAUAGAGCACAGAUAGUCAGGAAUAUUUAAGCUGUCCACAGAUGAUUGCUUUAUUUUUUUAAAAAAUCUGUUUUUGCAAAGUCUUUUAAACCCACCUUAAUUGUGAUACUUAAAAUGCUAAUUGUGUUCAUUAUCCACAUGAAUUACCUCCUAUGAAUGCAAAAGCAAAGAGCUCCAAGGCUGUUUUCUUUUGUAAUGACAUCUAGAAGUUUUUAGCAUUCUGUUGGGUUCUUUGUUUAUCUAGCCCAUAUCUGUGGAUAUGGUUUGUAUCAUUUUACUUUUGGUCAUAUAUGCAUCAGUUGAAACAUUAAAUGCUUCAGAUAUUUCCUUUUGGCUGAAGCUUGAAUAUAGUUAAAGGAAUCCUGCAAACCAGGAUAGCUGGUUAAAUGCUGUCUGUGAGACAGUGAACAUUUGUGUCUGAAUUACUGUCAUGGGAUGCUCUACUCACUGCUGAAGCGCCUCCUUCUGUCCACAUCUCGGGAUUAGCUCUACCAGAGCGACUCCCCUUCCUGCUGUUACACUCCAUCACUCUCUCUCUGUCUCAGGACGGAAACUGCUCCUGCUUCAUGGCUUGGCCCUCAGACCAGGUCAGUGUAGUCUUCCCUGACUUGGGUAUCAGAGUCUCUCAGGACCUACUAUCCUAGGCAGUCUUCCCAUUCACUGCCCCUUCAUAGUGCCACUUCCGCAGUGGCUGGUAGGGGAACCCAGGCCCACCCUCUAUACUGAAUUCCAACCCAGAGAACCUACAACAAGCAGUUAAGGUCUGCACAGUCCUAAAACUUACUGCUGUAUCCUUGGGCUACUUCCUACCUUGUCUGCUCUCACCCUCAGAGUAACUGCAUCCUCUCUCUCUGCAGCCCCUAGCUACUCUCAGCUGCUGGUCUUUAUGCAAGCCCCCCUGUUCCUUCCUGUUGAGCCUGGUCUCUAAUUAGUCCCUGCUCUCUGGCUCCUCCUCCAAGUGCAGCCUAGGCAAUUAAUAGGCCCCCCGGCCACCUUAACCCCUUCGGGCCUUGCGUAGAGAGGACACCCCAUCACAGUACUCUAUGUAGGAGGCUGGCGUGUGGGUCUACGGUCUUGCAUCAAUGUCUGUGUGACUACAGAAAUUAACACUGUACUGAUCACCACCAUGUUUUCAUUUAGAAAAUGGUGUGAUGGUGUAAGGUGACCCAUUCUGUCCUGAUUGUUCUCACAAAAGGAAGAGUUUCUCUGAUACUCCAUCUACUCCAUGUUAGAUGGAUCUAUUCCAUUCCAAUGAGGUUCUUAUAAACUCAGUUCCAGCAAAGCACUUAAGUACAUACUUAACUUUAUACUUGAGAUUUGUCCUUUGACUUCUGGGACUACUCAUGUCUUCAAAGUGGACUAUAUGUUGGAAAGCUUUGCUGGAUUAGGGCCAUACUGUCCAGAAAGCUGACAUCUCCUUUUUGCACUGGCUCCAAGGCUGUGGUGAAAAGUGUAUUUGUUAUAUCAAAGGCCUGGUCUACACUUAUAGUUUAGGUCAAUAUAGCUAUGUUGCUCAGGGGCGAGAAAAAUCCACCUCAGAGCUAUGCCAACCUAACCCCAAGUGUAGCUGCAACUAGGCUGAUGGAAGUAUGCUUCCCUCGACGUAGCUACCAUCACUCAGGGAGGUGGUGUUCCUACAACGAUGGGAAAACUCCUUCCAUUGCUAUAGGCUGUGUCUACACUAUGGGAUUACGCCAGCAUAGCUACAGCGUUGUAGCUAUGCCAUUAUCGUCCCUGUAGUGUAGACAUGGCCUUCGUGUAAUGGGUUCAUUCCCCAGAGUGACCCCGACUAAAUAGGAAAUAACCUUUUAAGCUCUUUACUACAAUGCAAAGUAUUCUCCUGGGGGCCGGGAAGGAAGGAAGAAACUGACCACCACAGAGAAGAAGGUAUAUUUUUUUUCUAUGUGCUCACUGUAAAACAGAUACUACUGUUAAUGGCAUAAUUGUGCUAAACAAAAAAAUGAUUGUAUACUUAUAUUUUCCUCACUGUAUAACAAGUGAAAAUCUAGAACUGCUGUUCGAUCCUAAAAAAAGUGUUUAGUAUUUACAGCCAUAAGUGUGGUGACAUAAUAGAGUUAUAUUUAAACAUA